AUUCUACAUCCAAUUCAGCUUGUAGAGGCCGAGCUGUGUCCGCGCUAGGGCUUAGUCUCAUAGAUCAGAUAUAAAACGUCAUCUUGAUUUCGUCCGCCAAUUUCCCUGCUCUGAAAACCCUAGGCGUGCCGGACUUUCAACCUCUCUCCUGCGUUUCGAGAUGGCGAAGUCGAAGAACCACACUGCUCACAACCAGUCCUACAAGGCCCACAAGAAUGGCAUCAAGAAGCCUAAGAGGCACCGCCAUACUUCCACCAAAGGGAUGGAUCCCAAGUUUCUGAGGAACCAGAGGUAUGCCAGGAAGCAUAACAACAAGAGUGCUGAAGAAGCCACGGAGGAAGAGUGAGGGGCAACUCUGUCAUGGAGCUGCGAGGAUUUUCCGUAAUAGAUUAGAUUUCUUGUCGUAGUUCUGUGUUUUUGUGGCAUCUUUUUUUGAAUUAAUUUGUCCUUUAUUAAUAGUAUAGCGAACUUAACGUUUCCUCAUCUUCGUAACACAAGCAUUGUUGUUAUCUUCUAUCAAAGAUUCUUAUUCAACACGAUCAUCAUUUUGAUUUUCAA